AUGCUCAUCAUGCUGAUUGUCACGGUCAUCAUCCUCGUGACGGUUGUGGGGAAUGUGCUAGUUGUGGUGGCUGUGUUUACCAGCCGUGCCUUGCGGGCACCUCAAAAUCUUUUUCUGGUGUCUCUGGCUUCAGCGGACAUACUGGUGGCGACGCUGGUCAUCCCCUUCUCCUUGGCCAAUGAGGUGAUGGGCUACUGGUAUUUUGGUUCCACCUGGUGCUCCUUCUAUUUGGCUCUGGAUGUUUUAUUUUGCACUUCAUCCAUUGUCCAUCUUUGCGCCAUCAGCCUCGACCGCUACUGGUCUGUCACAAAUGCCAUUAGAUACAACCGCAAACGGACACCCCAACGGAUUAAAGUGAUGAUCAGUGUUGUGUGGCUGAUAUCUAUUGUCAUCUCGUCACCACCUCUUCUCAUGAUGCACACAGAGCAGAGUUGCGACUUAAUGGAUGAGAACAAAGACCCCCAGAGGCAGGAGUGUCUACUCAACAACCAGACGUGGUACAUCCUCUCUUCCUGCCUUGUGUCCUUCUUUGCACCAGGAGUCAUCAUGAUACUAGUCUACUGUAAGAUAUACCGUGUUGCCAAACAACGAGCCACCGUGUUUGUGGCUAAGAAUGUGUUGGAGCCGCAGCCAUCCCAAUCUGAGACCUGCUUCGGUGGUGCCCAUAGGACCACCCAAGGCGGUAAAGCUAAGUGCAGAAAAUCCCAGCACGAGCUGGAUAACCCAACAACUGAGAAAAGACACAGCUCUUCCAACAUAGAGAGCAACAGCAGCAGCCACAAGAGAGGAGAGUUGGACAGUAUUAACUUAGAGGAGAGGACCCGGGAAGAUGACAUCAAAACGUUGUCCUCGUUUUCUGCUUCACUCCGCUUCUCCAGGAGAGCUGGUGGGAAGGGGAAAACAGGGGCGAGAAAGGGCACUGAGGGACCAGCAACCAGAUUGAAGCCUUCUCCUACAUCUUGUGCUUCCAUUUCGUGGGUUUCAUCCGAUCACUGCUGCCAUCAUUUCCUCCUCCCUUCUCCUGUGACGCUCCGAAGCAGACAGAUGUCUUUGUCCAAAAACAAAGUGGCGCAAAUGAGGGAGAAGCGAUUCACGUUUGUUCUGGCAGUGGUGAUGGGAGUGUUUGUCCUCUGCUGGUUCCCAUUCUUCUUUACUUACAGUCUCCAAGCACUCUGUAGAGAGAAAUGCACGAUUCCUGGUGCUCUUUUCAACCUCUUUUUCUGGAUUGGCUACUGCAACAGUUGCCUGAACCCAAUCAUUUACACUAUUUUUAACCGAGACUUCAGGAGGUCCUUUAAGAAGAUUAUAUUCCUAGCUCAUACAUGAACGU